AUGUCUCACCUCCUAGAGAACGAAGCUUCGUUCGAAACCAAGAUUAUCGGAUUUUUCUAUCGCCAAUGGUUAGUAUACCCCAAGCCUAUCCCGCAAGGCACAACCCUCGCGGAUCAGACAGCCAUCGUAACCGGUUCGAACACCGGUCUCGGGCUUGAGGCUGCGCGGCAGCUCCUCCAACUGGGCCUCUCACAUCUCAUCGUAGCCGUCAGGUCUCAGACGAAAGGCGAUGCAGCGGCGAAGAGCCUUAGAGAGCAGUAUCCCAGCGCAACUAUCUCAGUAUGGCUUCUCGACAUGGAGUCGUACGAAUCAGUCAUCGCCUUCGCGAAGAGAUGCGAGACGCUCGAACGGAUUGACAUCGUGCUGCUGAAUGCCGGCAUGCGUACCAUGUCCUUCACCCUCGUCGAAGCCACACGCCAUGAGAAAACCUUCCAGAUCAACUAUCUAUCGACAGUCCUGCUGGCCAUUCUGCUGUUGCCAGUCCUAAAGACCAAGAAACCGUUAUCAUCGCAACACCCACCACGCCUCUCGAUCGUCGCAUCUGACACCGCUUACUGGGCGCCUUUCAGCACGACAGGUCCAAUCCUAGCCCAGUGCGACGACCCCUCGACGUUCAGCUCGCUCAUGACAUAUGCGAGGACAAAGCUACUGCAGAUAUAUUUCGUGUCGAGGCUUGCGAAAGAGAUCGACCCCAAUGAUGUUAUCGUCAGCACGUGUAACCCGGGCCUCUGCACAGGUACCGAUUUCAACCAGAAGCUAUCACUAGGUUUCAUCAACGCCUCGUUUCAGUAUAUCUUCGCAAGCAUCUUUGGAAGGAAGGUCGAGGUUGGGGCUAGCGCCCUUGUUGACGCAGUUGUCAUGAAGGGCAAGGAGAGUCAUGGCAGCUAUCUUAGCGAUUGGGAUAUUAAGCCGUUCCCAAAGGUUAUGUACACCAAAGAAGGUCAGGGUGCUGGAGAUAGGGCUUGGGAAGAGACCCUUGAAGAACUCAACUUUGCCAGAGCUUCCGAGAUCGUGCAGAGGGUGAAGCGUUGA